AUGAGUCCGGAAAAGGAACAUGAUAUCCUCGUUGAGAAUAAUCCGAAGUCAUCCAUUCUAGCAGAAAUGGUCCGCCUGAAUCGAAUACUCCUUCAAAUCAAUCAAUUCAAUAUCAGAGCAUCGGAAAACAACCUCGACUCGCAGUCAAUAAUGAGCGAUGUCGGAGACCUAUCGCAACAACUCGACAUUUGGUUUGAAGAGCUUCCUGACCACAUGCGAGAUAACCGAGAAAACCUCACUCGCUACUCCGAACAAGGACUAGGCCGACUUCUUGUUGCUCUGUACCUAGGGUACUACAACUAUGGUCAAAUGCUUUUCUACCGAUUUCUACACGAAGACUCACGGACCUUCGACAGCCGCACGCGUUACUAUGCGAACAAAUGCAAGUAUCACGCGAGUAAGCUGUGCGAGAUCGUCUACGCUUCGGAGGAAGUUCCCGGCUGUGAUACCAAAUAUAAUAUGGUGGGGCAUGUGUUGAUGAUUGCUUCAACAAUCCAAAUCCACACCUUGUUAUUUGAAGAAAACGCGGAUAUGUUGGCGACGGCGAGAAAGCGCUUAGAGAGAAACUUUUGUAUUCUGACCCAUUUGGUGAGCCUCUGGCCUACUCUGGAUGUCUGUAUGGAUCGUCUUAUGACGUUCCACGCAUCCUGUAGAGAGUCUGCAGAGACAAGCUUCUGCAUGGAUCAAUGGAUGGUACGAUUUCUGGUUGAGUUUGCCAAACCAGUGAGUGGAAAGGGCACUGAGGCCCAGCAUAAAAGUUCAUGGUCCCUAUCUAGUCUGGGUAUCAUUUCUCAUUAG